GGGGCCACGGAGACUGAGUGCGGGGGCGUGGGGGGGGGUGGGCUAGGGCUAUCCCUGGUGGUAGGAUUCACAGGUGUCAGGCUCCUGGGCUGCAGCUGCUCAGUCACCUCCUGGCACUCAAGUGCAUCAGUUCAUUGACCUCAUGCCAGUGGUGGGGCAGCCCUAAUGCACAGGUCUGAAAAAUGCUCAGGUGUACCUGCAGUGUGUGAGAGGAAGGAGGCUGGCGAAGGUAGGUGUGGCCACCUCGCCAGGUGUGGGUCUUGAGGGAACUUCUGCUCCUUUCAGGUGGCACAGAAUGUGGUCCUGUACACAGGCGACUCCAAUCUGGGGCUGGAGCUGUUUGAGGCAGCUGGAGACAUCUUCUUCAACGAGGCCUGGGAGCAGGAGAAAGCCAUGUCCUACUACCGGGUGAGCUGGCCUGUGGGCUGAUGUAUGUGGGCCUCAGGGGGUCACCUGGAGGGCUGAGGCACAGGUGUGGCAGGGCAGAGGCCUCCCACCUGGAGGCAGGGCCACCCAUGCACAUGCUUAGUUUCCCAGUGGUCUCACCGGGAAUGAUAUUGACUGUGCCCCUGCCCGGGACAAACGCUUGGGGCCUGGACGUGGCAAUGGCCCUAUACUUGCCUAGUGGUCUCACCAGGAAUGAUAUUGACUGUGCCCCCUACCCGGGACAAACUCUUGGGUCUGGACACGACAGUGACUCUACCCUUGCACCUGAUGAUCUCAAGCAACCAUGAGUGGGAAGUCCUGUCCCCAUCUUCCAGAUGAGGAAGCUGAGGCUCAGAGAAGCACAGGGACAUGUCAAAGGACACACAGCAUGUCACUGGGAGGCCCAGGGCCAGGGCCCAAGUCUGCCUGCACCCCAAAGCGGGGACAGCUUCUCCUUUCCUCUGAGCUCACGGACCAGGCCCUGCCCCUGGAAGUGACUAUGGGCAACCGCAAGGUGGAGCCGCAGCUGCAGCUGUGCAACAAGCUGGUGGCACUGCUGGCCAUGCUGGAGGAGCCCCAGGAGGGCUUGGAGGUUGCCCACAUUGCCCUAGCACUCAGCAUCACUCUGGGGGACUGGCUGAAUGAGCCCGUGGCCUACCACCGGCUGGCCGCCCUGCACCACCUGCUGGGCCAUGGCAAGCUGGCGGAGCACUUCUACCUCAAGGCCCUGUAGCUCUGCAACUCACCGCUGGAGUUUGACAAGGAGAUCCUCUACUACGUGAAGGUGUACAUGGUGCUUGGUG